CUCUGAGUAAUCAUCAAGAAUCAACAAAUUCCUGAGAUGGCUGAUGAAUCUGGAUUUUCUGCUGUGGAAAGAGACAGAUUUGAACAAUGUUUCAACAGAUUUAUGAACUUCACAAGUCAGGGAGAUGAAAUUUCAAGGACCAACCUUAAUCUUCUACUUGAUGAGAUAAAUUCUAUUGAUUAUUCUUCAAAAAUUGUCACAGAAGAGGAAGCCAAUGCAUUGAUCCAGUAUAAACUUUGUAGACUGAUACCUCUGCAUGAUGAAAGGCUCCUAGUCAAAGUGUGUCAGACAAUAUUUAACUUCACUGCAAGACAACAAUUAAACCUGACAGAAUCUACACUUUUAGCUGUAACAGAGUAUUUGGUUGGAGGAGCACAGAGAUGUCAGCCAUGGGCACUACCCAUGAUUUUACAGGCUUUAGGUGCUGUGGUUUAUGAAAAUGUUGGACUCUUAACAAAGUUCCAUGAUAUUCUAUUGAGUAGAAGAGGAAUACUAAUACCUCUGAUAGAAGGAGGAGCCACAGAGGAGGAAGUCUUAAGACAAGCUGUACAGACUUUAGAGAACCUGACAAUUAAAGUAUCAGGCCAGACCUACAUGGAAGAUAGAUAUGCUAGUUUAUGUUUUGACAUUUUCAUGAAAUUGUUGCACAAGAUUCCAACUACUAGAUUAGAAUCAAUGAUUCAAUGCAAGGUUAUGAUUUGUACUUUGAGAGGAUUACAGAAUUUACUGGCUGCCACUAAAAUAAUGCCUUCCGAACAACUUGGACCGCUAUUGGCUGGAGUAAGGACAUCAAUGUUUCAUGGAAUUUCUAACAUACCAGUUAUGGUACCUGAAACACUGCACCCAACCCCUCUUAGUAAUGUGGACUCUUCUAGUACAGAUAAGACUCCAACAUCACCACAGAAGUCACAAACUGAAGAUAAUGUCAAAAGUCAAGGCAACAAAAAAACAAAGAAAAGGAAACCAAAAAAGGGUAAAGAGCAAGAUGGAGGUCAACAAGGUCAACCAGAUCAAGGACAAGGUCAAGAUGACACAAACUUAUCACAGGCAAUGAAUGGAUUGUUAGUUGAAGGACAAGUUCGAAGUGAACAGGCAGUAUUCAGACCUGCUUGGGCCAAAAUAAGUAGUUCAGAAUCUGAUUACUCUGACACAGAAGGAGGUCAAAGUUCAAGAUAUAGAUCAACAUGUGCUAAAGUCAGACAAUGUGCUUUAGCAUGUCUACACACAGUCAUAAAAAAUACAGACAAGAAAGUAAUGUUUGGAUACUGGUCCUCUUUUAUUCCUGACUCUGUAACUUCUGGUAACAGUUCACAAAUACAGACAUUGUUUACCAUAAUUCUGAAAGACCCAUCACCCAAGUGUCGCAUGGGAGCUCUUGCAACAUUGACAGCUUUGUUAGAUGGAACCAAGACAUUUUUGGCUGCUGCUGAUGACAGUGACCAAGUACGAACUGCCUUUACUGCAUUUUCCACUGUGUUAGGAUCAACUGUACAUGAACUUCAUCGUUGCUUGUUACUGGCUUUGGUAUCAGAAAACUUUCCGUUAACACUUACACAGCUCAUUAAAUGUCUAUCUACCCUUAUCUCCAAUGUACCCUACCAGAAAAUGAGACCAGGACUGCUGUCUAGAGUUAUUAAACAAGUUAGGAAUUUUCUGGGUCAUAGAGACCCUAAUGUGAGAGUGGCAUGUUUAACAUGUUUUGGUGCUGUUUCUGCUAUCCAGCCACCAUUAAUGGAGGUGUGCCACAUCAUACAACCGUCCAGAACAACAUCUCUGUCUCUGUCAAGCUCUACUAAAGACUUACCAAACCCAGUUACGGCAGUCAAAACAAAUGAUCCUGUCGAUUCUGGUUUUAAUAGCAACCAAUCACCAGAAUCAGGAAAUCUUGAAGCUGGAAAUGUAUCACCUGGUUUGACUACUCCACCUGCUGGUAUAUCUGGUAUCCAGACUCCUGUGUACACAGAUCAAAUGUUACAGACCCAAGCUUCACAGACCUCAUGGCUGAUUAAACUGUGUGUUAGAAAUAUAACACCACAGCCAAGAGGGUUCGGUGAGAAUGGGGAGUACUUCACAGAACCACUCCCUGUUAGGCUAGAGUCAUUACAAGUUUUGGCUCAUCUUACUAAAGGAUAUUUUCCUAUCAUAAGGAAUAGUUUACCAAUAUUAAGAGAUCUGACAUGUAAAUGUUUUGAGGACAGUGAUGGUGUGAUCAGGCUUCAUACAUCUAAGUUGUUAGAUGAGUUAACCCAAGCUUUGCAGAAAGACAUUCAGGCACUUGAUCAAUCAGAUGGAGCUCAAAGGCUUUCUUCAACAGAGGUGCACCAGUUCUGGGACUACAUAUUAAAUGGUCCUAUUCCUAAGAUUCUACAGAGAGAAGCACACAAUCCAGUAAAAGCUGUUACAUGUGAUUGUCUGUCUAACAUAGGAGCUGAUGUAUUUAAUAUUAUAUCUAUGGAUAAAAGGAUAUUAUGUAUAACUUUGAUCUUAGGUUUAACUUCUGAUGAAGAUAGAGUUGUGAGAUCCUCUGCUGUGAGGACACUUGGAGUAUAUGUACUGUAUACCUGUCUUAGAGAGGAUGUAAACUUUGUUGCUGAUGCUGCUAAUGCUAUUCUGACCUGCAUGGCUGACAGUAGUUUGAAUGUCCGUCUCAAGACAGCAUGGUCACUGGCUAAUUUAUGUGAUGCUCUUGUAUUGAACAAGGAUGAUGGUGAUACAGAGUUCAUGGAAGAUUUCUCUGACUUGUUGCUACAGAAACUGUUUACCACGGCAACCCAUGCAUGUCAGGACAAUGACAAGGUCAAAUCUAAUGCUGUCAGAGCUUUGGGUAACAUCAUGAGAUACUUGCCCACCAGAAGUCUAGCGAAGAUUCCAUUUCGAACAGCAGUAGAAGAUGGUGUAAAGGCAUUAGUUAAAAGCAUCAGUAGUGGGGCCAUGAAGGUUAGAUGGAAUGCUUGCUAUGCUGUUAGUAACUUAUUCAGAAACAGUUUACUCAAUCAUGGCAACUCUCCUUGGAUUAAAGAUAUACUUAUAACUUUGUGUUCUGUGGUAACUGAUUGUAAGAAUUUCAAAGUUCGCAUCAAUGCUGCAUUAGCACUGGGAUCUCCAGCAGAACGUUGUCACUAUGGUAACCAAGAUUUAUACCUCCAUGUAUGGGAGAGUUUAAUCAAGGGACUUAAGACAGCAGAAGUCAUAACAGACUUUGCUGAGUACAGAUAUAGAGACAGUUUAAAUGAUCAUAUUUGUAGUGCCAUUCUCCAUAUAAUUCUACUGACCACACAAGAAGAUUUGACCACACUAAGUGACCUUCUGAAGAGAGAAGAUAUUACUGCGUAUUUUGAUAGAUUUAAAAACAGAACUAAACAUAAAGAUUUACCACAAGCAGUAGAACAACUGAGUAAACUAGAGUCUGAUGUUCUGACAGAAUCAGAAAAAUGUGUAGUCAACAUCUUAAUAGAUCUGUGUCGUAUUGAAGAUGAAGAUGAAGAUGAAGAAGAAAAGAAACAAGAAAAGACAUCAUUUGUUCAAACAUAUGAUUAAUUAUAAUUAAAGUCUUAAACACAACAAAGAUCCAGUUCUGUAUUUCACAACGGGAUUAUUCAAUAUUAACUUUAUGUGAUACAUUUCUAUUUGUAAUAUUAACUGUUAGUGAAGAAUUAAAAUUAAUGCAGAUUUUUAUGCUAUAUUUUA